CCCCUCAGUCUUGCUUCCUACCCCGCGCUUGAGUUUCUCCCUGGUUGGAUGCUUUCAGGGGCAAUGAGAAGAGACAAUUCCUGGCUUCCUUAGAGGGCCUUGUUCUCCUUGGCUGCUCAAGUCCUGAUUCCCGCCCUCCCUCCUUGUUUUAGGAAUGUUGUGCUGAGAAGUCACAAAAGGGUAUGGGCUUAUUUUGCCAAAGAAAGCACAGCAGUUGCACCCUGUUUUGCAAAAACCAUCAGUGUUUGGGAAUGAUUCUGAUGAUGAUGAUGAGAUCCUGGAAAUCACUGAUUGCCUUUCUGUCUCCUACUCAAUGGGUUUACCUAUUCUGAACAUUUCAAACCUCCGUGAGUGAAAGCCUUCAGAGGGAAGCUGCUAAGAAGCAAGCAAUGAAACAGACCAAACUAGAAAUCCAGAAGGCCCUUGCAGAAGAUUCCACUGUAUAUGAAUAUGACAGUAUUUAUGAUGAAAUGCAGAAAAAAAGGGAGGAAAAUAAUCCCAAAUUGCUUUUGGGAAAAGACCGAAAGCCCAAGUAUAUUCACAACUUACUAAAAGCAGUUGAGAUCAGAAAAAAGGAACAGGAAAAGAGAAUGGAAAAGAAAAUACAGAGAGAACGAGAGAUGGAGAAGGGAGAGUUUGAUGAUAAGGAGGCAUUUGUGACAUCUGCUUAUAAGAAAAAACUGCAAGAGAGAGCUGAAGAGGAAGAAAGAGAAAAAAGAGCUGCUGCACUUGAAGCCCGUUUGGAUGUAACCAAGCAGAAAGAUCUCAGUGGAUUUUAUAGACACCUAUUAAAUCAAGCAGUUGGUGAAGAGGAAGUACCUACAUGCAGCUUUCGUGAAGCCAGGUCUGGAAUAAAGGAAGAGAAAUCAAGGGGUUAUUCUGAUGAAGUAAGUUCAGAGAACAGAAUACCACAUGAGAAAUGCAUUCUCCAAACUAUUGUGCAAGUAGAGGAAAACCCAGAUGCAGAUAGCGACUUUGAUGCUAAUAGCAGUGAGGAUGAUGAAAUGGAAGAAAAUAAAAAAGCAAACACAAGAAGGGAGAGGGUCACAGAGACCUCCAAGAGUGACUCUAAACAUCAGAGGAAUCAAAUCCACUCACGGUCUUCUAGUGAAGAAAGAGAGCAUGGUACCAAAUGCCACACAAAAAGGUCCAAGUCAAGAGUUCAUGAGAAAAGGGAAGAUCAGCACCAAGAGAGACAAUCCAGGGAUCAUGAGAACUAUUACAAUGACCGUGAUUACCGAAAAGAAAAGAAGGAUUCCCAUAGGCACCGAGAAGCCAGCCAUAGAGAUUCCCACUGGAAGAGGCAUGAACAAGAAGAUAAACUGAGGGGAAGAGACCAAAGAGAAAGAAAUGACAGAGAUUGGAAAAGGGAGAAAGACAGGGAGAAAUAUUCCCCAAGAGAACAAGAAAGAGAGAGACAACGAAAUAAUCAUGAUCGAUACAGUGAGAAAGGAGGAGAGAAGGAAGAGAAAAGCAAAGAAGAGCAUGUGAAAGCAAGGAAAGAAAGAUAUGAAAACAGUGAUAAGUACAGACAUAGAGAACAACGAGAAAUAAGUAUUCAGUCUUCAGAAAGAAACCGAGAGAAAAAAGAAAGCAGCCCAAAUUCUAGGGCAAAGGAUAGGUUUCUUGACCAGGAAAAAUCCAAUAAAAUGAGAAACAUGGACAAAGAAAGAAACCCAGAGAAACCCUCCAGUUCUGAAACAUCAGCAGGAGCAAAACAGAGACUCACAGAGGAAUACCAAGAGAUGGGCAAAGAACAAGAGGGACCACAUGAAGUGGGGAACAAGUUUGCAAAGCGAAAUAAUGAAGAAACUGUAAUGUCGGCUAGAGAUAGGUACUUGGCCAGGCAGAUGGCACGGGUUAAUGCAAAGACAUAUAUUGAGAAAGAAGAUGAUUGAUAACUGCGCCAGUAGAAAGACCUGUGGAGGCACAGAAAAUGAAAACUCCUGAAACAUGCUGUGUGAAAGCAUAAACGAGUGUGUUAACAGUGGUUGGGAGGGUAUUUUUUAAUAUAUUUUCAAAAUUCAUUAUUGGCUUAAGUAAAAAUAAGUCCUUUUGUCUUGAAUGUUUGAAUUGAUAUGUAUUUUAUUAUCAUUACCACAUUCUUGGUUGGUGGUAAAUCCCUGUACAGGUUCUUAAUGAGGAAAAUUGUCUGCACUCUAACCAUUAAAAAAUAACUCCUCAAACAACUCUCCUAAUAAUGUUGGCUUUGUUGCAGGAGGUGUUAGUUUUAUAAAUAGUGUAUUCUAGAUAAAAAAUAUGUGGAUUUGUGGAUUUGAGUAACAGAAUAUUGCUAUACUUUGUUUUGAUAUUUAUGUUAAUAUAUAAAAUAUAGAUCAUACAUUGUCUGACUUUCUAGCUCACAGAAUAUUUGGCUUAAAUGCAAAUAAAAAUAGUGAUACGUUUGUACAUUUAA